AUGCGUGCGUUUGUGACAUGGAGCCUUACCCUUCUGUUCAUGUUCCCUCACUACAGCUGCAAAGGCAACCAAUCAAGACGUGCGGUGAAGGUCUCGGAGCAUAACGUGACGUGUUGGUUUUCUCAGAUGGUCUCUGGACCGCGCAGGAGCCCAGUGGCUACAGAAAGCAAGCAGGCGCGCUACCUGCAGCCCUUGCAAAAUGUGAACGCCCGUCUCGUUGGCGUGGGCACAGAGAGGCAGCCUUUGGAUGCAUCGCUUUUGAGUCUCUUCGAUGUGAGCCCCAUCGACCACGAAGAUAUGGAGGCAGUUCGGAGAACAGGCGGCUUUGCAGGCAUGGCAUGGGCUCUGCUAUCGCCGUUGCAACCUUGUCGCGGAAAAGGCCUGGGCGGACUACGCGUCCGCGCUGCUCAGCGCUGGCAUCGAGAAGGCUGGAAGCCUGGUAGGAAGUGGAAGAAGUUGUGCAAACACUGA